UCAGCCAUGUACAGUGACCCCUGGGCCAUCCCCAGCCUCAUUAUCGCCUGCAUCGGAGUCUUGUGUGUGGCUGCCACUGCUGUCAUCUUCGGAGUUUACUGGAAAACACCAGUCAUCAAGUCUUCUGGCCGUGAGCAGAUGAUCCUUCUCCUGAUUGGUAUAUGCUGCAGUUUCAUCCUCCCCUUCUUCUACGUGGCCCCUCCCUCCAUCCCCAUCUGCCUCGUGAAUCGACUGGGGAUCUGGUUCUGCUACUCUCUCAUGUUUGCUGCACUAGCCGUCAAGGCCCAGAGAGUUGCCAGGAUAUUCUAUGGAGUGAAACGAAACAUCCACUACAAACCUCGGUUUGCAACUCCCAUCUAUCAAGUCAUCUUCACAUUGAUAAUAGUCGCCAUUCAGAUGAUACCAAUA